AUGUUAAGUAACGACAUAUACAACUGUCAUGCCACUGUCAACUUGAUCUUCGAUCUAUCUCAUCAACCCACCAUCCGUAUUUACAUUGCUUCUCGCACACACCUCUCAUCUCACCUCACUUCUACACUCAAACCAACUCCUUGGAUAUACGCACACGACUUCCAGAUUCAAACAGAACUGAAUACAAUUCUCGAGCCCAUUUUAUCUUUCAUAUGCAUAUCAGACGCAGUCAUACGAAUUUCGAACGUGCAACCUGAACCUUCCCUCAUUCUCUCCACAAGGCUCGGCAGCUAUCGCCGUUGCAACCUCAACAUCCCACAACGUUUACCUCUGCUCCUCCCCCCUCAACCUCCUCUCUCUACGACCCUUAGUGACGCCGGGGACGGCCAACGGGCCUGCGCGUAUCGCGACGCAGGUCCAUCGUCUCAUCCUCUUGCGACCAUGAGUUCCCCCGGCGUCGACUUCGCCUCUCUCAACGAGGAAGCCUGGAAGGCACAGGACGCGGCAGACGAUGAAAAUAUCCAGAACUUACUGGCACGAGGCGAGCGCGAAGGCAACCUUGGUAUCGACUUCAACCAUGAUACCCCUUUCGACCAGACAGACAAAGCUGCGGAUGCCGAGGACUUCGAAGACAUCAGCGAUGACGAUCUUCCUGAAGAGGAGGAGCCCAAUGUGGCGACCUCUCUCUCCGUUCCCGGUCUGACCGACGACGGUGACAACAGCAAUGAUACCGACGAUCUUUUUGGCGAUGGCGAUGUUCCUUCCUCUCCUGUCGACCCCGUUGCAAGUGCCACCUCACCCGGUGCCCAUAUACAUGAUCCCGACGGCCCAGACUCCUUCUCGGGCAUCAACUUCAACUCCGACUCUGGCCCCGAGCCCCUUGCCACAAAUCAAGAUCCCAACAUCCCUGCCCCUCCAGACAAUUACGAGGCAUUCGUAAAACAAGCCUUCCCUGGUUUCAAGAACUGCGCCGUCCUUCAGUGGAACCAACUGCUCCCCCCCAAGAAGGCCUACCGGAAAGAGAAACGUCCGGCCAAGAAGGCCAAGCCACUCAUCACCAGCAAGCUGACUCUCGAUCUCGCGCCCGACCAGGAGAAGCUGUUCCGCAUCCCAGGGCCUGCCACCGUAAGCCGCAAGCAGAGACUCAUCGAAGCCGAGGCGAAGGGCCUCGUUGACUGCUCCGCGCCAGACUCCGAUGACGAAGACAACAAAGACGAUUUCGAUUUGGAUCUCGAAUCGGAUUCGGAGACCGUCGGGGGCUUUACUCUCCAAGAUAUCGAGAUGGUUUGCGAUGACUGGCUCAUGCAAGUCGACCAUACCGAGAAGGUGUUCGAGAGCAAAAUACAGGCUCAUCGAGAAGCCGAGGACGAUGCGUCUGCCGCCGCGCCAACGUCGAACAAGAGACCUGCCGACGACGGCGAUGACGGCGACGACGACGACGAAGGAUCUGACGAUGAAUGGGACGACCUCUUUCUUAAUAAGGACAACGCUGUCGCUGCUCCUCCUCGUAAGAAGCCCAAGCUGCCGCUUCCGACCGGUCUCCCCGAUAUCUAUCGCUUUGCCGCUCCUUCGUUCGACUCUUUCCAAGACAUGACCAAGCGUGGUGCGAAGCGGGUUCUCCUUGACAUGAACGAUCCGUAUCUCCUCCUGGAGGAGAACGAGUCUCAGCGAGGGCCCAAGCGUCAGCGAACCGAAGAACCUCUCACUCGUAUGGCUGAUGGUGAAACAAGGCCGGACGUGUUCAAGCGCUUCAACCUGUCGAAUGACGAUGCAUACGAACUUCUUAAGGAGAAUCACAAGCACAAAGUCAGAGCGACGCUUGGCAACCUGGGCGUCGAACACAGCAUGCCUGCGCUGCGUCUUACCUGGCCUUUCUACAAGGUUAAGCUGGACGUCCGGAACAACCCUUACCACCGACCCUACUUCAAGUGCGGCAAGCACGAGAAGCAGGUGAUCCGAUUUGAGAAGCUGGCCUACCACAAGCGAAAGACGAAGAAAGGCAAACCGCAUGAAGUCUUUAAAUGGUCGAAGGAUUUAGGCCUUACCGACAAUGCGACUGCCGUCCUAUUCGAGUAUUGCGAACGGACUCCCCCCGUGCUUUCUAACUUCGGCAUGGGCAACCGUGUCAUCAACUACUACCGGAAGAAAAAGGUGGACGAGGAAGAGACACCACCCAAACUGGAGGUGGGCGAGUCUCACAUCCUGCAUCCAGAAGACAGGUCACCUUUUGCGAUAUUUGGAGAGGUCAACCCCGGCGAAGUGACGCCGACAUUGCUCAACCAGAUGUACCGCGCUCCCAUCUUCGAGCACACCCCUAGGUCCACUGAUUUCCUCUGCGUCAGGAGCUCCACCGGAGUGGAAGGCUCCAAGUGGUAUCUCCACAACAUCGACCACCUCUACGUUGUUGGCCAGACCUUCCCAUCCGUGGAAAUUCCGGGGCCCCACAGCCGAAAGGUGACGAAUGCCUCCAAAAACAGGAUCAAAAUGAUCUCGUACCGCAUGAUGAGGAAAAAUACCCAUAAUGUCGUGAACUUGUCAGACAUUACCAAGCACAUUGCCGAUUCAACAGACGCGCAGAAUCGGCAGAAGUUGAAGGAGUUCCUGGUCUACGCCAAACUCGAUAAGGGCCAGUGGAAGCUGAGACCCAGUGAGACAUUGAUGGAAGAGGCCGGAAUCCGGGCCAUGAUCAAGCCGGAGGAUGUUUGUUUAAUCGACGGCAUGCAGGUCGGCAUGCAGAUGUUGGAGGACGCCGGAUUUGAUCCUGACAAUGUCAAUCUGGAGGAGGAGAACGACGAGGUCGACGAUGAAGAGGAUGAUAAGACGGCCACUGUUAAAGGAACCAAGAAGGCUGCCGAGAAGAGCGAAGAGAAGCUUGCCGACAGGAUGGCACCCUGGAAAACCACCAAAGCCUUCAUCGACGCCUCGGCUGGCAAAGCGAUGCUCAAGCUACACGGCGAGGGCGACCCAACUGGCCGCGGUCUCGGCUUUAGCUUCAUCCGCACCUCUAUGAAGGGCGGUUAUAUCGAGACUGUCCAGAAAGGCGGUUCUCACACGACUGCCGCGGAUGCUAUGGCGGCGCACCCUGACGCGAUGCGCAAAGCAUAUAACGGUCACGCUUACAACGUGAAGGAGCAGGAGGCCAUGUACAAGAAAGGUAUCCGCGAGAUUUGGGAGAAGCAGAGGUUCACCCUCGGAGACCCCGCCCAGAAAGACGACGCCCUCGUAGUGCCUCCUCCCGCCGACGAAGAUGAGCGAUUCAACACCCAAGUUUCUCAGACACCCGCCCACAUCGACGAGGGAGCAAGUCAGAUUACUGGCUUGACUUCAACUAGUCGCAGUCAACGCAAGAGGCUUCGGAUCACUCGUGAAGUCGUGGGAGAAGAUGGACAGCGCGAACAACGCACCGUCAUUCUGGACGAUCCCGUUAUUAUCGACAGGUACAUCAAGCGGAGGAGGGAGCAGGAGUUGGAAGACCUGAAUAUCUACGAAGGGUUGCCCACCGGACGCACGGCCGAAGACCGUCGCAAACUUCUUGAAAUCAACAAGGAGCUCGACCGACUCCACAGAAACAAGGCGCGCCGAAAGGCCAGAGAGUCCCAAAAGGGCGUCGAGCGAUCCAAGACCGGCAUCGAAGCGGGUUCCCCCGAGCCAGACAAAGCCGCUGCCGCCGCCGCCGCCACUGGCACGACCCGCAAAUGUAACAACUGUGGUCAGGUCGGUCACAUCAAGACCAAUAAAAAGGACCCCAAGUACAAGCAUCGCAAAGAUCUACCCCCUCCCUUCAAUACCCCACCCUUCAAGUUCAGAGUCGCGCAGCUGCGCUUCAAGCGCAGAGACUCGCAGGCGGUUCGCUUGCCAGGCCUGGAACCCCAGUCUCUUCCCGGCCCUAGAUUACCCGCGGUCCGACCUCGACGCCAACCACGGUCACGGCUCAGGGCAUCGGCUCGUGGACGCAGUGUCCAUUUCGCUACCCAGCGCGAGCCAGAUAACCAGCAUGCGCUUUGCCCCAUGCUUAAUGGCACGAUGAAGGCAGAUGGUAGUGCGGCCGACCACGGAGGUUUCGGUGCCUUCACCGGAACGGCGAACAAAGCGGCCGGCUCUCCGUGA